AUGGCGAGUGGACGCAACAUCUCCGGCGUAGAAGUAACCAACCGUCUCGCGGCCCUCACCGACAUCGGUGGCGUCAACAGCAUCCGCUCCUUCACCCGCAGCUGGCAACGCGCCGCAGGCUUCUCCGAAGUCAUCCCUCAGCGCCCCUCCUUCGUCUUCGCCCCAGACCAAGCCCCCAUCGCACCCCCGCCAGACGAUGCCGCCGCCGGCGAUCUGUCGCCCUACUCCCAACAACAGCGCGAUAUCGAGACCGGCACCGGCGGCUCGCCAUCCCUCAUCCGCCAGCACCUCGAAGCCGCCUUCCGCGCCGGCGAGCAGCACCCCCCGCGCCACGACAGCCCGGAACCAGGCGCCAGCAUCAGCGCCAGCCACGGCUCCCUCCUCCACCGCUCCUCCAUCAGCGACUCGCGCGAGGGGAAAUCCCUCGACGGCAACGGCAGCGGCAGCGACCCCGACCUCCUCCCGUCCAUCUUCCGCAUCGGCAGCCACACCACGACCGCCUCCGCCGGCGGUACCUCCAUCUUCGCUAUCCCGCCCCACCUGGCCACCCCGCCACUCGUGGGCAGUUACCGGUCGCUGGUGUCCGGCCUGGAUUAUGGCACCGUCCGCUCUGAUGUGAGCGGUGGGGGAGGUGGUGAUAUGGCGCACGCCGCUGCCUUGUGGCGCCAGCAGCAGGAGGCCGGGGGAAAUGUGCCUGACGGGGAGCUCCCGCCCAUAUUGGUCAAGGAGGUGGAGCAGGAUGGGAAGUUUGUGUUGGCUGUGGAGGGGCAGUCGACGCUGCCGCAGACGGUGUUUAACUCGACCAAUUAUGCUUGUUGGGUCAGACUUUUGGAUGCUUUGGUGUUGGUUGCUGACUGGUGA